GGACACGAAAAGUAACCUUAAACAGCUCAAUAUAACAUAACCUUUGGAAUAAAUAUGAGCAAGGAAAAUACAAGUAAAUCAACGGUCGCUGCGAAACAUGUCGAAGACGAGAAAAAUCCAUAUGCAUAUUUGGACAGAGCUGACUUUACUUCGGAAAAAUUUAAGAUAGAAGUACGCGGUCUCCCAAAGUAUUACGGUAUUAGCGAAUUCAAGAGGCUCUUGACCGAAAGGCUGGAGUUACGCUUAGGUAAGGUGAAGCCACCAAAGCGAGGCAGUGGUUGGGUGUAUGUCUGUUUUCGCAAUGAGGAGGACCGUAAAAAAGCCAUCUGUGCCAUAAAUGGACUAUCUUGGAAAAAUUCUAAGCUCACAGCUCAGGCAGCAAAACCUGCUCCAGAUCCAUUUGUUAAACGGAAAUUGGAAAGAGCGGUAAAUCCAAGCGCGAAGAAAAAAAAGGAUGAUGACGCCGACGCGAUUCCACCAGCUGAAAGAAUUAAAAUGAGUACUACACCUCUGUGGGAUAUGCCCUAUGAUGAUCAGCUGAAGUUGAAAGAGAAUGAGAUAAAGUCCGUGCUAAAAAAAUUGGGGCAACAGAUGAGUAAGGAAAACAACGAUCUCACAGAUUGGAUUGAGUCGCAAAAAGUAUUGCACCAGGGAUUGUUGUGCGACGUACAACCAAUACUUAGAGCAGACAUGAUAGAUGGUUACAGGAACAAGUGUGAGUUUACAAUUGGAAAAAGUGAAAUGAGUGACACUGUUACAAUCGGAUUCAGAUUAUCCAGUUAUGCAGCUGGAUGCACCGCAGUCGGUCCUGUUGAAGAUCUUAAACACAUUCCUCAACGAAUGAUUGAGGCUGUUAAAGUAUUUGAGGGAUUUGUUAGAAAAUCCAAAUUGGAUGUAUUCGAUCCAGUAAAUCACAGUGGCUACUGGAGACAAGUUACUGCCCGAACUUCACGAUCAGACCAAUUAAUGCUGAUUGUAGCGAUACACCCUCAAGAUCUAAACCAAGAUCAAUUGAUCCAACUAAAAGCUGAAAUUCGGGAAUUUUUUGACAGCGAAGAAGGUUCCAAAGCACGUGUCACUUCACUCUAUUUCCAAACGAUUACAAGAAGAGAUGUAGGUGGUGAAGGCGGUAUCGUUUUAGAUCAUUUAAGCGGAACAGAAUACAUUGAAGAAGAACUGCUAGGCAUGAAGUUUAGAGUAUCUCCAAGAGCUUUCUUCCAAAUCAAUACAUUGGGGGCUGAGGUACUGUAUAAAGCAGCCAUUGAUCUCGCCCAGCCAACAAUGGAUACUACAGUUUUAGAUGUUUGUUGCGGUACAGGAACUAUCGGCAUUUCAUUUUCAAAACACUGCGGUGAAGUCUUGGGUUUGGAGAUGAUAGAUGAUGCAAUAAAAGAUGCUAAACAAAAUACUUUGACAAACGGUAUAACAAAUUGUGAAUUUUUCGUUGGUAAAGCGGAAGAUAUUUUGUCACCGGUUAUUCAGCGUGCAACUAAACCCAAUCUUAUUGCCAUAGUUGAUCCACCACGGGCUGGUCUACAUCAACGAGCCUUGGUAACUUUACGAAAGGCAAAAAAACUGCAUAAAUUGGUAUAUAUUUCAUGUGAUCCAAAAGCUGCGAUUAAAAAUCUAAUAGAUCUAGCACGACCGACAUCAAAGCAAUAUCAGGGUGAGCCGUUGAUUCCAAUUAAAGCUGUGCCUGUUGACAUGUUCCCAUAUACUAAACAUUGCGAACUUGUAAUUUACUUGGAAAGGUUCUCUAAAGCAAAAACAUCUGGCAAUCAAACUGGAUGAUUGUAUUUAAAGUGUAAUACAAUUUCUACAUGUAUAUUCCAACUGUUUGUAGAUUUUACAAAACA